AUAAAAAUUAUUUAAUUACUGGUCCAGAACAAGUUAGACCUGUUGAUUUCAUUAAAGAACUUCACAACAUCCAAUUCAAAGAAGCUUUUGUGGAUUUUUUAAUUACACACUGGAGCUCUAAUGAAAUGACAGCAUUCAUCGGGAAUACCAUAAUAAAUUUAAAUUACACAAAGAAUGCCAUACUUAUAGUGUUCACAACAACUCUGUUAUCAUCAAUGUCAAUGAUAACUUAUCAUGCCAACAUCAUGAGGAAGCUGAUACAAAAAUAAUAUACCACAUAUGCCAAAUGGAUGAAGAUGUAUCCGACGUGUUAAUAAAAACGUGCGACACAGACAUUUUAAUAUUAAUGCUCGGCAACGUGGACCAUCUCCGCAAUAAAAAUUUAAAAAUCUACAUAGAAUAUGGCACCAACAAUUUCAAAAAAUGAAUAAAUAUUUCUGAACUGUAUGAAAAAUUAGGACCCUCGAUAUGCCAAAGAUUACCAGGAUUUCAUGCAUUAACCGGUUGUGAUUUUAACCCAUCGUUUUUAGGAAGAGGAAAAAAAAUACCUUUUAAAAUAUUAGAAAAAUCUCAUCAGUACCAAAAGGCAUUUGCAGAGUUAGGAAGUGCAGAAAUAGUAGAGAAGAAAGAAGAGAUUUUUUCAAUACUUGAGAAAUUUGUGUGCCAAAUGUACGGAUCAAAAUGUCAAAGAUUGAAUGACGCACGUUAUGAGAAGUUUCUUGCCACUUAUGAGACGAAAAACGACAACAUAUUUAUGAAAAAAAUUAUAAGUUAUGAUUCAUCAAAUCUACCUCCGUGCCAACGCGAACUGCAACAACAAUUAUUAAGAGCUGCAUAUAUUGCAAAUAUCUGGCGGAAUAGUCAUUUAAAGGAACCAACAUUUCUUACCCCUGAAAAUAAUGGUUGGAACUUAAUCGAUGAUCACUACGAUUUCAAUUGGUUUGAGGGAGAUACGGUUCCUGCUUCUAUAUACGACAUACUUUUACAAGACUCUACUAAUACUGAUACUGCCGAAGCCCAGUCAAAUGAAACUGAAGAUUACAUUUCAGAGGAGGAAAACGAUAUCGAAGAGUCGGAUUAUGAUGAAAGAAGUAGUGGUGAAGAAGUGUGGGAUGAUGAUGAUAAUUAAUGUAAAAAAUAAUGUAGAUUACACA